AUGAUUCCCCCUCCAUCAAUAGCCACAAACCUCAACCGGCCUGCCAGCAUUUCAACACAGAGUCUUUUACAAGCUUGGUGGUAUGGCCUCUACAAUAUUUAUUACACCGAUAGAGCAAACCAAUCAGACUUGUCGAGUAUACAAUUGACCUUUGCGAGUGGGAGCCCUGACGGGAACAUCGUUUCGGUCGGUGGCAAUGGAACGGAUGGUAUAGGGACUUAUUCCAUUAAUAACGGCACAUAUAAUAAGUCAACAAAAGCUAUUUCCUUUACCAAGCAGUACAACAAUGUCAAUAACAAUGUGGCCUGGCUCUACCAAGGCAUAUAUAAUAACGACCUGUUUUAUGGAUCAUGGGGCACUCCUGCCAAUGCAAAUCAGGGUAACUUCUUGAUUAGACGGACGGAACUUCUCGAAAAACAAUCGGAUGAGGGGAGCUGGCGAGGAUAUUACUUCGAUGCACAAAACAAUAGUAGUCUGAUGCUGAUUCACUUGAAUGUAUGGAAAGAGCCUAACGGCGACGAAACUAUCACUGGCUCCGGUAAUGAUGUAGUUGGUGCGUUUACCAUUGAUGGACGCAUCUCAACUAACAAUUCGGUAUUUGCAGCAGACGUCGCCAAUGAUGAAUAG